UAUUGAGUCCUCGAUACAUCACUCAUCAGAAAUGAACAUUGUGGACUAUCAAGAAGUGGAGAAGCUUAUUGCCCAAAUAAUUCUGCAGUUGCGAACUAUUUUCAAUUGGCAAUUCUUCACGUCGUCUAUUUUAUUCUUCUUCGCCUAUUUGACACCCAGUUUUGCGCUCGGAAGUUAUUUACUGUGCGUAAUUGGACUUGCGCUACUAAUCGCCACGUAUCGAAACUCAAUUUUGGUAACGCAAGAAGAUCGGGCUGUUCUCAUCACCGGAUGUGAUUUCGGAUACGGAUAUGAGCUGGCCAAGAAGCUGCGCGCUAGCAAUUUCACCAUAUUUGCCGGUUGCUCGGACGUGAAGAGCAAUGGAGCCAUUAGUUUGAAAAAUUUGGAUAAUCAAACUGGACGUCUUCACGUUAUCCAAAUGGACGUCAGUAAUCAGGGGGAGGUGGACAACGCACUCGAUUAUGUCAAAGAACAUCUUCCAGAGAACGGCCUGUGGGGUAUCGUCAAUAACGCGGAUGAAUCCAGCUGUCCAGGCUUUCUGGAAUGGUCUCCUAUUGAAAAUUACGAGAAGACAAUGGCGGUCAAUUUGUUUGGUGCCAUCCGCGUGACAAACUCGUUUUUGCCGCUGAUCCGCAAGAGCCAGGGGAGGAUAGUAAAUGUGUCUUCAUUGCUGAGUCGGGCACCAUCGCCUUUUAACGGACCUUACGCCAUUGCCAAAAGUGCAAUUGAUUCUUAUUCGGCCAUUCUUCUUGCCGAGAUGAAACGCUUCAACGUUCAAGUCGUCGUCGUUGAACCCGGCAAGUUGGCCGAAGGCGCUAAUUUUAAUUCCGCCAAACGAGAAUUCACCCGCACGAUUCGCCGCACGUGGGACUUACUAGACGAUGGACUCCGGAUGGAUUACGGGCAAAAAUACGUAGAACAACAGAUUGAAAUCGGGCAAAUGUCUAUGGAAUUAGCCGAGACAGACAUCGGUUUUGUUGUGGAGGCCAUGGUCAAGGCUGUUUCUCAAUUGCAUCCCAGGGAUCGGUAUGUUGUUGCGUCACUGACGGAAAAAUGUAUCGCUUACGGAAUGCAGUACGUGCCUCUUUGGUUAACUGACCGCCUAUUGCCUACCAUGGAAGCGCAAACGUAUCUUAGUUACCUCUCUUAUCUAGAACCUUUCAUUUUAAUUUAAUGAGUUCUUAUUUAUUUUUUAUUUAAAUAAUGGCAUCUCGCAUACUGGUAAUCGGC